GCCCCGCCGAGCCGCCUAACCCAGCUUCGAGCCUCUCCGGCCUCCUCCUCUCCUCCGAUCUCUCGUUCAAACUCGAAACCCUCCUCUCCGUCGCGCCGGCGACGAGCGCCACCGGCUAGGGUUUGGUGCUCGGCGAGCCGGCAGCGCCAAUGGACGCAUCCGGCUUUGGCCGCCAAGCCGGGCCCUCCACCCGCGGCCCGGGCUCCGCCUUCCCCGCCUUCGGUGCCGGCGCCGCCGCCACGUCCGCCCCAUCUCCCGCCACCUCGGCCUUCCCCUCCGCUCGCCCGGCCACACCUCUUGGCGCCGCUACCCCGCCCUUCCCCUCCGCUCGCCCGGUCAUCCCUCUCGGCGCCGCCGCCCCUCUCUUCCCGAGCCCUCGCCCUCGCCCCCAGCUCACCCCCGCGGCUUCCACCUAUCGUCCCGCUAUCACUCCGCAGUCUCCGCCUAUGCCCAUACCCUUACCCUCGACACGCCCGGCGGCUGCUCCUGGCGCCGCCGCUUCCGCGCGCUUCCCAAGCUCUCGUUCCGCACUCGACCCAGGCGCCGCCGCGGCCACUGGUCGCCACGUCGCUCGACAUCUUCAGCCCCAACCGAGGUCAGCUGCGCCAUCAGUAAGCAGGCCCGUGGAUCCUUUUAUUUCCUCAAGGAGCAGGUCCCAAUCGCCUCUGUCAAAUCCGCGUGCUAGUUCUCCUUCAGAUCAGGAUAUUGGUAUGGGACAAAGAAGGUUGGUGAAUUAUGCAGAUCCAUUGUUAGAAAACGGAAGUUUACAAUCUUCAGAGCAAAUGAGGAUGCGACCUUCAGAGUUUGGAAACAGAGCAAGAUCACCACCAUCAAACAUUGCCAGCCAGUUUAUACCUCCAUCAACCUAUCAAUAUCAUCAUCCAGUGCAGAUUGCUGAUCCUCGUGAUCAUGUGUACAAAUUCUCUGGUCCAUUGCAAAGUCAACCGUUGGAUCAUAAUAUUUCAAAAAGGUCUAGGUCACCUACUUUGUCCUAUCAAGAUGUUGAUGGUGCUGAAGCUCAUCAUGAUGCUGGUGCAAAUGCUAGGAGACUGGUAGAUUAUACGGAUACCUUCGUUGGUGAUGUAAAUGUUGAAACUUCAAAACGGAUGAGAUCGCCUUCAUCAGAAUUCACACGCAUGAUCAAAUCACCACCUUCAGAUAUCAGAGAAAAUGUUAGGUCAUCACCUGCAGAGUUUAGCAGCAGCAAUGCAGUCCAGAAUCUCCGUGCACAUGCCGAUGUCCAUAAGUAUAAUGCAUCUGUUCCCAAGUUUGGGAAUCAAAUACAAUCUUACAUUGGUGAUGCACGUUCACCACCACAUCAUAUGUCUUGUCUCUCGGACUCUUAUUCCAACGAACGUAACACGCCUGCUGUUUCUCAGCCAAAGCCUUCUAUACUUAGUGCUACCAAAAGAAUUGGGACCCCUCCUUUGGAUGCCAGUGAUGAUGAUCAUGCUAUUCCUUCAACUGAACUUGAGAGAGAGAAAGAGGCAAAAGCCAAGCGGUUGGCUCGUUUUCAUGUUGAAUUGAGCAGGCCAGUGGAAAAUACUAAUGAUUUUGUAAAAACAAUUAAGGGCUCUGCGGACAAACCCAAACAAGCCACAUCAGUGGGAAAGGUUCCAAUGAUAUCAAAUGAUGAUAACAAUGAAAGAACUCUGGCUGACAUAAACUCACCAGGGUUAGCAGCAAUUGUUGGGCUUUGUCCUGAUAUGUGCCCAGAGCCUGAAAGGGCAGAGCGUGAGAGAAAAGGAGAUCUCGAUAGGUAUGAGAGACUAGGUGGAGACAGAAAUCAAACUACUGAGCUUCUCGCUGUUAAAAAGUAUAAUAGGACUGCUGAGAGAGACGCAGACUUGAUAAGGCCUCUGCCAGUUCUGCAGAAUACAAUGGAAUACCUUCUUAGUUUGCUGGAUCACACCUAUGAUGACAAUUUCUUGGGCUUAUACAACUUCUUGUGGGACAGGAUGCGAGCGAUAAGAAUGGAUCUUAGAAUGCAACAUUUCUUCAAUCGAGAAGCUAUUUCUAUGCUUGAGCAAAUGAUAAGGCUCCACAUUAUAGCAAUGCACGAGUUAUGUGAGUACAACAAGGGAGAAGGUUUUUCAGAGGGAUUUGAUGCACACCUCAACAUUGAGCAGAUGAAUAAAACAUCAGUUGAACUAUUUCAAAUGUAUGAUGACCAUAGGAGAAAGGGUGUUUUCUUCUCAACAGAAAAGGAGUUUCGGGGUUAUUAUGCACUGCUUAAGUUAGACAAGCAUCCUGGUUACAAGGUUGAACCUGCUGAAUUAUCUCUAGACCUUGCUAAGAUGUCUCGUGAAAUUAGAGGCAGCCCGGAAAUCUUGUUUGCAAGAGAAGUUGCAAGAGCUUGCAGAACGGGGAACUUUAUUGCGUUCUUUCGUCUUGCAAGGAAAGCAACUUAUUUGCAGGCUUGUUUGAUGCAUGCUCACUUUGCAAAGCUGAGAAGGCAAGCACUGGCUUCCUUGCACAGUGGUCUCCAGAAUGGCCAGGGUAUCCCUAUUUCACAUGCCGUGGAGUGGCUUGCAAUGGAGGAUGAGGACAUUGAAAGUCUCUUAGAAUACUAUGGUUUUGGAUUGAGGCAGUAUGAAGAGCUGUACCUAGUAAAAGAAGGAGCGCUCCUUAACAGCGAAAGUGAUUUCCCAUCUGGCUGUUCUCAACUUGUGCAUUUGAAGAAAUCACAAAGAGUCGUCGAUGAUGUUUCUUCCGGUCCAGUCUGUGCUCCUAUUGGGAAAAAAGAGACCACCGUUCCAUAUUCUGGUCGGCUCGCUACUGGCAAAAGAGAGCUGUUUCCACCACAGUAUGCUCUUGCGAUUCCUGCUGAUGGCAGAAGGGAAUUUGAUUUGUCAUUUUCUGGGUCUGUUUCACCCACUUCUGGCAGACAGAUUACCUCUCCGAAAGCUGCGAAUAAACAAUUCAGUUCAACGUAUUCAAGUUCUCUUUCCCCAAUGGCUGGUAGAAAAGACAGUCAUUCAUUCUUUCCUACUGCUGUUUCUUCACAUACUAGUAAGCUGGAGAUAUUCUUGAAAACACCAAAAGUGGCUUCGCCAAAAGCUGAAAGCAGGAUCAAAUUGGCUGAUGAUCUUAUAACUGAAGACCAAGAUUGUGGUCUUGCAGGGUUCCCCAAAAAAGUGGAGUUGCAAAUAGCAGACAUACCAUGGUCACAAGCUAACACAGAACACACUAAAGCUUUGGAAGAGCCAAUUGUUUCACAUCCUCUUGCAGAUAGCAUAUCUAUAGAUUACUCCAAUAUGCAUGGAAUGGAAGAUGAGUUCGGGGCACAUGGUUCUGGCAUUGGUACAGAUAUGGAUGAGGGAACUCCACCAUACCGUGAAGUGCUGUUCAUCGAUCCUGGAUCACCUAUUGGCUCCCCUUUGUCCGGUCAUGAGGACUAUGUGGGUCAUAUUAAUAGUAACGGCCCAGCAGAUGACCCUUUACCAACUGUUAUGUCUCCCAAGAAAAAAAUUCGCAAUGAAAGGCUGAAGACAAUACUGAGGAAAUGGAGGCAGCGUGCUGCAGACAAGAGAUAUCUUAGGGAGCAGAAAAACGCUCUUGCUAUUGCAGCGUUGAAUUCUCUGUCACUUGGCCCACCAGUUCACAAUACUACAGUAGUACCUAAGCUUGCAGUCCACGAGCUAGACAUUGCCCAUGCCUUUAAAGAAAGACAGGCAAGACAACAAAGAUCUUGGUCACAACUAAAUGUUUCUGAGUUGUCUGGUCCCAUUUUACUUGAAAGGAACCCUGAUGCUAGAUGCCUCUGUUGGAAGUUGCUUGUACUUGUCCCACAACGUGCCAUGGAAUCCCAGACCAACAAUUUGGCCUCAAAAUGGUUACUUAGAAAGAUCAUGGGUUCUGGAAAUGAAGAUGGUGGAUUGAUUCUUUCUUCUGCAGGACUAUCAAUUUGGACAGAGUGGAUCAGUUUCCCAAACACAUGUUGUCUAUCUGUUGUUAGGGCCAGUGAUCAGCAAGUCAUCGGUAACGAUAUUGCCGACAGUACAAGCUGUAUAUUAUUUUUAGUGUCUGAAAACAUUUCAUGGGAAAUACAGAAGGCACGAUUUAGCAGUCUGUUAGCCUCCAUACCGGCUCAAUCCAAUCUUCCUCUUCUGAUUUUGAGUGGCGAUACAUAUAAUGAAGGAUAUGAUUGUGCGUCACAGUAUAUCAUUGACAGGCUUGGCCUCAGUGGUCUUUCUGGAGGAAAGAUUGCUUCAUUAUUGAUAGUUUUUCUUGUUGGAAAGUACACAGAAGAUUAUGCAAAUGGUUUCUUUGAUGAUGACAAGUUGCGUGAGGGCCUGAAGUGGCUGACAAGCAAUUUGCCUCCACAGCCUGAUAUCACUCUUGUAAAGACCCAUGAGUUGCUUCUGAAUUACUUGAACCCACAACUUGAGCAGCUUAACAGCCAUGCCACCCCUGGAGUUGGCCCUGGGGAUUGCAUUUCAGUAUUCAACAAUGCUGUUAACCAGCUCGCUGGAGAGAUUUCGGCUGCAGCUUACGCAAACCCUAACCAAUGGCCAGCUCUUGAUAUUGAUCUUUUGGAUAGUUUAAGCAAUGAGAAGAUAUUCGCAGAAAUGUUCUUACCUAGCAUUGGGUGGUCAUUGCCAUCAAGAAUCCAGCCACUGCUUGCAGCCAUGAACAGUUGCAAGCUUCCGGAGUUCAGUUAUGAUUUGUCUUGGCUAAACCAAGGUUCUUACAUGGGCAAGCAGAUCCAAGAUCAGAAGUUGUUCCUUGAGGAGUGCUUGGCGAGAUAUCUGACCGUAUCGGCUGGGUUGUUAAAUGAAACCCAGGUGAUCACUGAAGUGAAGAUCAUGGUGCAGAAAUGUGUUGGCCUUGAGCUCCGUGACUCGUAUUACUACCUUGUGCCCAGAUGGAUAUCUAUUUUCCGGCGUAUCUACAACUGGAGGCUAGCAAAGCUUUCUACUGGAGAGUUCUCGGAAGCUUAUGUUCUGAGCCAGCACCUCUAUCAGGCUCCUGCAGCUGACUCUAAUGGUGCAACACAACACGGGGUUACUGGCAACGGCUACACUAUCGACGAGGCGUCCAUUUUGGAGGAUCACAGCAGUAUGCCUGCUGUGUCGACCAGCCUCCCACUCGACGAAAUCAUCGAGAUCAGUUGCGAUCUCGAUGCUGUCAACGCCCCACCGGUAAAAUCUUUGCCGCCACGACUGCCUGCCCAGGUUAGUGAAGGGCCUCAGCCACCUGCUGAUGUCAACGGCGAGGUAAACGGGGUGCAUGCAGUUAAUGAUGAAAUGUACAUACCGAGAAGAGUAGACUUGAGGGAGCUGGUGCCACUUGAGAGGGAUGACAAGCUUGCUCGGCUAGUGGAACAGUGCACCAAGCUGCAGGACAGGAUCGACGAGACGCUUUCCAUCUACUUUUGAGCCCGUGGAAGGCUGGAAGUGUUAGUUACACUACACCAUCCUCCCACACUUGUUGUAAGUUGUAACAUUAGAUUUUGUGAAAAAUCUAUUCUUGCCAGGUCAUUGCAUAUUUGGCAUGAAUGAAAUGGUGUUACAGUAUAGCUGUCUAGAAGGGGUUUUUUUUU